AUGUGUGCGGUCCGAUUGGCUGGCUCGUUCAAAGCUGCGAAGCCGCACGGGACUAACAGAUCUCUAUUCGUCAUCCCUGCCAACGGGCCCACAAACUCUAGCGAUGAUUCGGUAAAAUAUGACUUCUAUCGUCAAUUGAACGAGCUACUUCGUCACAGAAGAAGCUCGGACAUUGUUGUGCUGGCUGGGGAUCUGAACGAAGUUGGAAAAUUAUCCACUGAUGAACUGCAUCGGGGCGGCCAACAUGGUGUAGGCUCCCGUAAUGGCAACAGUGAACGACUGAUCGGCACUCGUGAAAGCCGUAUUCGUGAAGAUCAAGCCGGGUUUCGUCGAUGUCGUGGUUGCACUGACCUCAUCUUCACUUUGCGUCAGUUGUUGGAGCACUGUCACAUAGAUUGGCGGUCCACGGUUGUCGUGUUCCUCGAUAUCAAAGGUGCAUUCGAUUCGGUGAAUAGACGUGCACUUUGGAAAGCGAUGACAUGGUCGAGAGGAAUGAAGGCCCUCACUUCGAAGCUGGCCUCAGUUCGAGCGUCUCGGCUCCCUGGUUGGGGUCCGAAAGACGAUGAACAUGUUUGGCUGGAUACACUUGUUGAUAUGGCUAGGAACCGACCUCAUUGGCGUUCGUGCUGUGAGUUCCUUUGUCCCACCCCAUCCCUCUUAGCCUCCCCCUCCAACCACGACCUCAUUAUUUAG